AUGGCAUCAGGUCUCUUUCCGUAUCCUCUUCGCGUCUCUCCAUGGGAGGAAAUGAACUACAACCCCUCCCCGCAAGAGUCUGAAGCCUCAAUGGAGACAGACUCAUCAACUCAUUCGGGCGAUGCGCAGGCCAAAUCCAUGCUACCCCUCCUACUGCUCGACAAUGCAGAUACGCUGGUGUUCAUCGAUCCCGCCCCCGAGGAUCGCAUCAAGAAUCACCUGCUGGCUCAAACGAUCCCACUCCGAGUGCGAAGUCAGACGCUACUUGAGACUGGUUCACCGUAUUUCGCAAAGCUGUUCAAUCCCCGAUCUCAGAAUCGAGUGCGAAGACAGCGAGGCUUUGCUGAUCGGCUCCCUCAGGGAUUCAAAUAUGUGAUCGAUCUGACUCCCCCGACUCUGGAGGACGAUGCGAUUAUCAUUCUGACCGAAGUCUCCUGUCCCAUGGGCAUUCGAACCUGGGCACUGCAAAAGCGUAGAUGGAAGCUACCAUCACCCUGCGUGGGAGGCCAAGACGAACGGCAGCCCGAAGCCGCUUCCUUGGUGAAUGACGAGAGCCUUGCGGAUGAAGAACAGCUUCAGAUUCAGGAAGUUCAGGAAGAGACUGAUAUUGCCGAGGAGCAAGAGGAAUGCCAUCUUCAUCCCACGGAACUAGACCGGCAUUCGCAGGCUGGAUUACCGGUCGAAUACUCGGGCAAACGUCAUCGCGAAGGAAUCGAACAUAUCCUCCAUGUUUUGGAGGGGUUAAACGUAACGCUGGACACUCCAUGCAAGUUCUGGACCUUCUUUGCCGUCGCAAAACUAUUCAAGGUGGCAACGAUCCCCGUUGUGAGUGGGUACAUCAUCUCCUGGCUGUACCACUCAACCAACACUCAUUUCAUUGAAAUGCACCCCGAGAUUGCCUACCGAGUUGCUUGUGAGAUCAAAACUCCGACUCUUUGUCAGGAUGCAUUUGUAUGCCUAGUCGGAGACGAAGCUCUUCGAUAUCUAGUCCAAUCGGCGGCGCUCCAGCCUCGCAAAGGAUAUGCGCAGGCCUACACUCAGAACCGUAUCGCAGACUUUUUGGACGACACUGAAGUGCAGCGAAUUGAAUAUGCGAGCAAAAGUUUCCUUGACGAAACCAUCGGCCAUUUUUUGUAUCUGACGGGGACUGGUAUGAAAUGGCUGGCGGAAAUUGAGGAGUUUGGGCAGAUUACCCAGCAUUGCUUUGCCUACCCGGCCGAUCAGAAGAUGGUACACCAGUUCGUCACCUCGCUGGAAGUUUAUAUCCGAUACCAUAUCUAUGGUAUUCUAUGCUCAAAUGGUGAUCCACAGCGAACCUGGAAUUCGGUAGCAUCUGCGGAAAGCGAUCAAGAGGACCAUCGCACGUUCCAUCCAGGUUUUAUUCUUCAACGGAUUUUGAGCAGAAGAUUUUGGCAACGUCUCCUGAGCGUGCACUUUACUAAGCCCCCAAAUAAUCUACAAGAAUGUUCUCACGCUUCUAUCGCAGAAGUUGGCCGGCAUAUUUCCAACUUCUCAGGCCAAGAGCACGCUGAAAUUCGCCGCAUUACCAAGAAAUGGAUUAUUCAACAAACUCGCUUCUUCAACGCAGUUUUAGGGACUCGAUCAAAAAUACCCGCCCCAGUGAUUUCAAGCUCACGCGAUGUCAAGAUACAACUCGUGGAUGGAAGUCGUACAUCUAACCCAGCCCCUCAAGCUUCACCCGGGCCCUCUGACACCCCCAAUACUUUGCAUAGCAAGCCGCUGACACUGAACUUCCGUAAUCUUGCAUCUUCACCGACUGAAGCAGACCUAGAAGCUUUGACAGAGAGCUCAAACGACAACCCUUUUACUCUGAACUCAAUCCAAGCUGCCAAUGACGAUCCUUCUCUACCCGACAUUAUCAAACCAUUCUUCGAUACCACACCACCAGAUCAACAAUCCACAAGCCCCAGCUUGGAUUCUUCGGGAACACUCUGGGGUGCUGAUCUCAUUCCGACCAGUCUGCGAAUGCGAUUCUUCGACUUGGAUACCUUCCUUGUUCAGGUAUCAAAACAUGUGAAUGAUUUCGCGCGGAAGGUAUAUUUUUCGCCUGAAUCUCCAUCAAUUCAAAUGGAUGCCACAGAUAUCCUCACCUGCUUGACAAAUAACCAGCUCUGUUUCUUGCCUCUAUGGGCCGGCGGCAAUGACGAUGGAACCGGCGGAGUCUUCGCAGACCACGAUAUUCCUCUAUUGGAUGCCGGUGGCUUCUCUGCACCAGGUCCUUCCGUGCACACAGGCAGCGUUGCCUCCACGGAUACCUCUUUCAGUGAUAUUGAUCCAAGCGACUCGCAGAGUACCAUCCAUGGCGCCUCUCAUCACGCCACGUAUUCUCAUGCUUCAGAUCUCAUGUCGGUAGAUUCCUUAGAAGAGACACCGGAUGCGAACGAGAAUGAGGACCAUAUAUCUCAGAGCUAUUCAGACAUAUUCAGUGUGCAGGACGACCAAGCUGCAACCGGAGAGUCGAUCGACUUGGGUGAUAAUAUUGGAUACGAGGGCGAAGAGAGCGAUGGCGCAAGCACAGUGGUGAUGGAUUCUCUAAAUCUAUCCGACAUUGACAUGGAACAUCCCGAGCCAGACUCCGAUGAGGAUGACAAUUUUCCUGAUUUUGAGCUGGUUAAUCCCGCGUAA